GAUUUAAUACAUAAAAUGAAAAUGGCGUAGAAUUAUUAGAAAAAGCUGUGUGGUUUGCAAUGGCCACCACACCAUAAUUGCGUCACAGUCUCAGCUGUGAUCCACAUCGACAACAAUUAUAUCUGUAAAAAAAGGAUUCAAAAGCAAAAAGGAAAAGAGAAAGAAGAAGACGAUGAAUCAGGCACAGUUUGAAACAAAGAGAAAAGAAAGAAACAGAGUAGACCCUUGCAAAAGAAAGAUGAUUUCCAUGAUGUCCCUCAAUUUCUUGGCAACUCAUCAUUGCUUCUUCAUCUCCUUUUUUCCCUUUUAAUUUCUCCAUCUCUUCAAAAAAUAAAUCCAACCUUACCGGAAAAUCCCUCUUCAUCGAAUUCCCCAUUUUCCCCUGUUUUUCUUCUGUUUUCCAUCGAUGGGAAUGAUGUCGCCUGAGCUCACGGCGGCAACCCCCUUCGACUUCCGGGCUCCCCCGCCCUCCCCUAUCAACACCAGCCGUCGCUCCUCCGUCACAAACGACGACGUUCUCACCGACUUCCUCGAGCACUCUCUCCGCGUCCCCAAUCUCGUUUUGCCCGAAAACAUUUUCCCGAGACAGAGAUUCAUUCAGACCCCACCCAGGAUUGAUUUUCGAUCCAUUGAAUCGUCGGAUCAUGAUUCUGUUGUAAGGAUUUUGGAUUCAAUGGGCAGCAUUGGGUGUUUCCAAUUGGGGAACCAUGGGAUUCCAAUGGAGCUGAUUGGGGCGGCUGCGUCGGCGGCGGCGGUGGGGGUUUUUGGGAUAUCGCGGGAGGAAAAGACGGUGGUGACAAGGUCCCCGGAGAAGGGGUAUGGGUUUGAGGAGUAUUGGGAUGGAGAGGAUGAGAGUGAAGUGAGUGAAGAAUUUGUGUGGAGCCGAGAUGAAGGUCUGAGGAAGGAGAUGGAGGCCAUUUCGGGAUUCGGAUAUUCGGAUUUCAGCAACAAAAUGGAAGCACUGACACAAGUAACAGAGAAAAUGGGGGAGAAGAUUGUUAAAAUUUUCCUGGAAAAUUGCGGGAAAGUUGCAGAGAAGGAAGUGGGUUGGAGGCAGGGAUCAGUGUGGUGUGUGCACAAGCAGAAACAGAACGACGAACUGGAAAAGUGUAUGAAACAUGAUGUGAUGAGAAUGCUUAUAAGGGGAACUGAUAUGUCUCAUGCCUUAUGCUUCCAUUUCUGCCAUGGAUCUUCGUCGUCUUCUUCUUCUUGUGUAUUCCAUGUUUACUCGAAGAAAGGUUGGGUUUGUUUUGUACCGGAGGAAUCCGCGAUUAUGGUCACCGUGGGAGACCAGAUUCAGGCAUGGAGUGGGGGGCAGUACAAGCAUGUGAUUGGUAGGCCAAUAUACAAAGAAGAAAAGGGGAUAUCAAUGGCUUUUCUCUUUGCUCCGACCUCUUCUCCCUCCCAUGUCCCCCCCACUCUUUCAUUGCCCCAUCAAGCUCUAUUUGCUCUCUUCUUAAUUCUUCUUUACAACGCUUUCCUUUACUUUCUCAAUUAAACUUCCUUUCUUUUUUUUCUUUCUUUUUUUAAAUUUUAUUUCUUCUAUUCAAUCUCUCAAUCAUUCCCUCAACACAAACUCAUUUGCUUUCAUCUACUCUUUUUCUAUAUAUUAUACCAUUUUCUUUU